AUGGAGCCAUUACCUCCUGAUGACUCCAGUGUCGAAACUGGGUGUUCGGCAAGUACGACGACCUCUCCGAUCACACCAGGUACAGGGAAUAUUGGUUCCUGCUCCUCGCGCUCAGAUUCCCGACAAUUCCCAAAUGCCCUGCCAGCCCAGAUUAGCCUUGCGCAACAUCAUCACGCCCACCCACACCCAGGCUGUAUCUUACCAUCAUCCAUACCAACCCCUGGACAUGCCAAUAAAGACCAAGAAGCUCGAAACCAUCUACAGCUCAUCCCUCGCGUGUCUGCGGCUGACACUCAGUCGGAUGGAGAGGUCGAAGAAAUCAGGACAACUCCACUGUUCACCCACAAAGUCAGAAUGGUAAUGGAGAAUGGGAGGGGACCAUUGGCAGCUGCCGGGUCCGCCAGCGAUAUAUUCCAGCAGUACGGUCUCCUUGGGGUUCGUGAAAGAACCUACGGUUCCCGACAUCCAGAUAUGUCCAACACACUCUCGGUGGAACAAAAUCUGGUCUAUGCAAACAUGAACGCUCCUUGGUCCGUAUACAUCUGUGGCUCCCAGGGAACGGGAAAAAGCCACUCUCUGUCAUGCCUGCUGGAGAACUCCCUCCUGACAUCGUCUCUUGCUGGAAACAAUCCAAACCCACUGGCAGGAUUGGUCUUCCAUUAUGACAGAUUUACGAGUUACGAGAGCACCCAGCUUUGCGAGGCGGCAUAUCUGUGUUCUGCGGGCGUCCAGGUACGCGUCCUCGUAUCUCCCAGCAAUGUUCAUGCCAUGCGAAAGCUUUACAGACACUUACCAGGCUUGCCUGCCGCCACGCCACGGCCCGAAGUCAUACCCUUAUAUUUCCAGGAGCACCAGCUCAACGUCUCGCGGUUGAUGACACUGAUGGCUGCCAACGGAGAGAAGGGUGUCCCAUUAUACAUGGAAGUCCUUUUCAAGAUCCUCCGCGACAUGUCCACUGAAAACAAGGGUGAAGGCCGUCUGGACUACCUCGACUUCAAACAGCGGCUGGCAAGACAGGCAUUUAGUGCUCAGCAGAGAACUCCCCUAGAGAUGCGCCUUGCGUUAUUGGAGUCGUUUCUCGCCCAUAAGCAGCAAUCAGAACGAUCCACGGCUCGUCUGAACCGUCUCUUCAAUUCUGCUCAAGGAACGCUCACCAUCGUUGAUCUGAGCUGUCCAUUUGUCAACGAAAACGAUGCCUGUGCUCUUUUUACGAUCUGCUUGUCACUGUUCAUGGAACAUCGGGGCGAUUGUGGCCGGAUCAUCGCGCUUGAUGAAGCACAUAAGUUCUUGACCCAGUCGGGAGAGGCCGAGAAACUCACUGAGCAGCUAACAUCUAUUGUCCGCCAACAACGACAUCUCGGAACGCGGAUCAUCAUUGCUACACAGGAACCUACACUGGCUCCCAGCCUCCUUGAUCUUUGCAAUGUCUCGAUUGUUCAUCGGUUCAAUUCUCCAGCUUGGUUCGAGGUCCUACGUCGACAUUUAGCCGGUGCUCAUCUUUGCCACGACCAUAGAGACCCAGCGCUCUUCGAGAUGAUCAUCGGUUUGAAGACCGGUCAAGCCUUGGUGUUCUGUCCCUCUGCCAUGCUAGACGCCUCAGCCGAAGAGGGAGUUCGUCGUCUCAAUGAUGCUUUCAUUCGGAUACAGAUUCGGAACCGAGUGACCGCUGACGGAGGGAGGAGCAUUCUGGCCUCCGACGACAUACAGAGAAUAGAGAGAGAAGAUAUCCCUAUGGAAGAGCUUAUCGUGCCUUUCAGUGCCGCUCCGCGUUCUCUAAAGGCAGUGGCCGCGCCGGAACGGUUUACAUCGUAUCAUCAGAAUCAUGAUUCUGUGGACGCAUCCAGCUCAGCGGUUACGAAUGAUACAGGUACUCAACCGUCACUUCGCGACAACAAGGCAAGGUUGAUGUCAGAGGACCAGGAUGAGGAAUUCGUCGACACCUUGAGCUCAGCAGGCACGGACGAUACACACCCGCCAGUUACCAACAAUGCAGCGCGAAGUCCCUCCACUAUCAAUGACCAUGGUCCGGAGCGGCGGUAUCCCUUACGAACAUCUCGCCCCCGAGCAAUCAUGGCUUCCCCAGUACCAGCAGUGGCAGAGCCAGACCCGCAGGCUGUGGCCUCAGCUUCGCGUCCGCGUCUAGCCCCCGCUUCGGCUCCAGCGAAGUCCGUCACAACGCGAUCCAGAACGAAUAUCAGCCAAGACGUGGCCAGCGUACAUGUGCAGGACGCGAUAACGGCUCUCCUAAAGGAUAGACCCAACACCCUCAAAUUUACGGCGGUUCGUGAACAAGCCGCCAGGUCUGCCGGCCUGCCAGAGGGAUUCUUUACAAGCACAGAGAUCUGGACAAGGUGGUCCAGAUGCAAGAUCCGCGAGCUAGUGGUCAGUAUCUUUCUCUAUGUUCGACUAGCUUCUGUAAGCUAA